AUGCAGGCUCUUGCACCAUACUUUUCUGAUUUUUAUAUUCAACUUGAAGAACCCACAAGAGAACGUUUUCCUGGUGAAGAAGUUCGUGGAGUUAUUAUUUUACAAAGUUCCAAAACCGUAAAAAAGUCGGCCGUUCGACUUAAAUUCAAAGGAAAAGUAAAGUUGGAAACUAAAGGUCAUGAUUUUCAUCUUUUUGAAAAGGAAAUACCAGUAGAAGAACUUGCACGAGCACGAAAAAAAUAUCAACGCUUUUCAUUCUCAUUAAAUUUACCAACUGAUGAUAUACCAUCGUCUUCAACAAUACAAACAGUUUCAUGGUUAUCAGAAUCGUUAUUGCCGAAAUGUUUUACAGAGAUUAAAGUAUUAGAUCACAUAAAUAUAUCAAAUUAUCCUCCACCAAUAAUUAAACCUUUUCAAAUUGAAGUUAAGGGAAAAAAGAAAAGGCAUGGUUUAGCUCAUACAAUUGUUGACAUUCCAAAAGGGGCAAUCAUGAGAGGUGAAUCGCUUCCGAUUCGUAUUCAUAUAAGCCAUAUUGUUCCGAUUAAGAAUCUUGAAGGCGUGCUUAUAGCUUUAUAUAGAAGAACAAAAAUUAUACUUAGGGAUGGUAAAGAAGAAGUUGUACGUGAAGUAGUAGCAUCGACGGUUUCGCCUAUUCUAAUUGAUCCAGAUUCACUUGAAACUAUGAUUAAUACAAAAUUAACAAUACCAAAUGAUAUACCGCCAACAAUCAGUAAUGGGAAAUUUUUUUUCGUAUCAUAUUUAUUAGAAGUUAAUGUAGAUUUAACUAUUAAGAAAACUAUAUUUGAAUCCUCAAGUAGAAUAGGGAAACAUGAUUAUGCUAAUCUAAGGAGAAAAUUAGGAAAAUAUAAUGGUUAUUUUAAUAUACCACUGGUAAUAGGUACUACCAAAAGUAACGAUUUUGAUACCAAUAAUAGACAAAUUGAUAUGCAAAAUACUUUAGGUUCAUGUCUUCUUAUCCCUAAUUCCUCUCCUCUUCACCAUGCUAGGCGUUCAAGUGAAUGGACUAUUAUUUCAACAAAUAAUUCAAUUGAUCCUUCAUGUUUAUCAAUUAGUUUACCAGAUUCACAGCAUAGUCAUCAUGGUGAUAAUAAUAGUAAUAUAAUUCCUUGGGAUGGAAUUAUUUCACCUGUACCAUCAGCUCCUUCCGUGGAAGAAUUAAAUAUAUAUGAAAAUGAUCUUUCACGUUCUUAUUUGAAACAUACUGUAAUCGAAUUUACAAACCACACAAAUUGA